AUCUCCUGGGAACACGACCGCCAAUACGCUGCUACGUUGCGUGUACCACCACACUCCACACGAGGCUUGUGAUCCAGAAGGAGCAAAAAUAGAUGGGGAAAAGAGUCUCCUGACGAUGGCAGCAACGUUUCGCAGUUUUGUCCGUCAUCAAAUGACAGCCCCGACAUUCUUUGUCAUCGUUCGAUGUACGAGUCGACCGAAAUUGGGUUUGGACAUAAAAACGCGGGAAGCGAAGAGAUUGUUUCUGUUGCAGCUGCAUACAGGCCAUAUGAUUCAUGGGCGCAUGUUGUUUGGGGGCCGGAGACCGCUGUAGAUCGGUCGCAUUUGCAUCCUGCGUUUUGGCGUCUGCACUUUGCCUCGGCUCGACCGCAAUGGUCGAGUCGCAGUGCGAAGCUUCCCUGUUUAUUUUUCUGUUCCAUGGGCAUGGUCACUGUUUUCUAAGCCGAAGUCUGAUUAUGAGGAGGAUGGUCAUUUGCACGUCAUUAUACCCCCUUUGCCUCGAGAAUCAGGAAUUGCACAAGACAUUUUGGGACUCAAUUUUCGCGGAGCACGUGUAUGGCGCGGCUUUGGCCGGCACCUUUAGACAAAGUCGUCGAUCCCUCGGCAUGUUGAAGAAAGAAAGGCAUAUGUGUGAUAGCGUGGGUCGGACCAGCGGAUUGCAGUCGAGAUGAGGCUGGGGACUGGCAGCGUCCGUUGACUUUGGA